ACAGACGAAUUCUUUUUUUCCUUUUUUUUUUAUCCACCACAAAAGAACCAGAAAAUUUAAAAGUACACCCCAAAUUUUAGAAUCAAACUAUCCCAUGUGAUCCAACAGCCAGGCCCUUCUGUUAAAUUGACUAAUCUAGAAGGACUUCUCUUUUAAAAAAUCACAUAAAAUUAAACAUUCAAAUCCAACAAACCAAAAAGACAAGAGAGACGGAGAGUUGAAGCAAAAUUGGAAUGACGAUGGACCGAGAAAAGGAAAGAGAGGUUGAAUUGGAAAGUGCAAUGUACACUAACUGUUUGUUAUUAGGGUUGGAUCCAUCCAUCAUCGGAAUCGGAGCGGGUAACGGUACACCUCGGGUCGGGUUUUUUCGCCAUUCAAACCCUAAAUUGGGCGAACAGCUUCUCUACUUUAUCUUAUCUUCUCUUAGAGGUCCUACUCAAUCCGCUAAGGAUUUUGAUAAGGUUUGGCCAAUUUUUGAUUCGGCACAAUCUCGCGAUUUUCGUAAGGUUGUACAAGGGAUAAUAAGUGAGCUGGAAUCACAAGGGGCACUGCCUAGAAGUAAUUCGAGGGUCUCAUCACUUGCCACAUGCUGUGGACCAAGGUUUGUUGAACUUCUAUGGCAACUUUCACUGCAUGCUUUGAGGGAGGUUCAUAGGCGAAUGUUUGCUGGUGAUGUUGCUUCUAACCCCUUGCCUGCAUCAUUAACAGACGUAGCUUUCUCACAUGCAGCCACACUACUUCCUGUAACCAAGGCUAGGAUUGCUCUUGAAAGAAGAAGGUUUUUGAGUAAUGCAGAAACAGCAGUUCGUAGACAGGCCCUGUGGUCUAAUUUGGCUCAUGAAUUGACAGCUGAAUUUCGAGGGCUUUGUGCCGAAGAGGCUUAUUUGCAACAAGAACUGGAAAAGCUGCAGGAUGUGAGAAAUAAAGUAAAGCUGGAAGGUGAACUGUGGGAUGAACUUGUAUCAAGCUCAAGCCAGAGCUCGCAUAUGGUUCAAAGAGCUACCCGUUUGUGGGACUCUUUGCUGUCUCGCAAGAAUCAGCAUGAGAUUCUCGCCUCUGGCCCAAUAGAAGAUCUUAUUGCUCAUCGUGAGCAUAGGUAUCGCAUCUCUGGUUCAGCUUUGCUCGCAGCUAUGGAUCAAAGCUCUGUAGCUCCCCCAACCGAUUUGGCUUCUUCACAUCAAGAUAAUAAAGACCAAGUUGAAAGAUCACAAGCAGAUGUGAAUAGAGAAAAGCAUGUAAAGAGUUCAGAUUCUUCUCAUAUUCAAGUAGACGAUAAUACAUUUUCUCGAGUUGAUGAGAGAAUUGCAAGAGGCCAUCCGACUGUUGAUAUAGCAGAAGUUUUGAGGCGUUGGACACAUGCCCUACAACGUGUUCAUAAACAGUCCCUUCAACUGGCAAAAGCAAAUGAUGGAGAGGGUCCAGAGCUUUUGAGGAGUUCACAUGAUGGUGGUACUGGUGGUCAUGCGGAGUCCUUGGCUGCAACCCUUACCGAACAUAAGCAGCACCUAGCUAGUAUACAGGUACUCAUAAAUCAACUGAAGGAAGUUGCUCCAUCCAUACAGAAUUCAAUUUUAGAACUUACAGAAGAAGUCAGUAGUAUUUCAUCCGAUUCUUCUAGAACGGCCAAGCUUCAGGGUAGAUCACAUUCACCGGUCCAAGCACAGAGCAGUGGGAGGACAUUGGAACACAAUGUUGAUGAAGUAGCUGAGAUGAGCUUAAGAUUGUCAUCCAUGCAAUUUGAAAAGACAUCAGCCAGUCCCUCCACUUUGAAGCUCCCACCUUUGUUUAGUGUAACACCAAAUUCUUCAGGAAAAGGUGGUGCACAGAAGCGACAGAUCUCGGCCCAAACCAGCCAAAUUGAAAAUAUGUCUGAGAGGAAGUCUCUGGAUCAGCAAUUAUUAAAUAAUUCGUUCGACAAUCCUGCACAAGAUAAUGAUACAAGCUUUGUUCAAAAUCUGAAGAGAUCUGUCAGAGAAGCUGCACGUUGCUCCCAAUCUUACCAUCAAGGAUCAUCUCAAGACAGUCGUUCUGAUGAUAGUUCUGAGCACUACUUUGAGCCUGUCUCAGGGUUUGGGUUUUCACAGCAUGGUGAUCGGGCAAACUUGUUGAGAAGAAAAAAGUUGUUUGUAUCAGAACCAGAUUCAUCGUUUUUAGGGACUGGUGCUCCAGAUAAUCAUAUGAACAUCAAGUCUGAUGGAAUACCUGACUUAUUAAAUGAUCUGCAGUCUGUGGAUGACUAUGAUGGUUUUCUGUCAACUAUGGGUUCAAGCUCUUCCUUUUCUGAUGCACAUAGGUCAUUUUAUGAUAUGGAGGAAGCUCAGGAUCAAGUAUUUUCACCUCCUCUUCUUAUGGAUGCAUCAUUGUUAGCAGAUUCAUAUGAGGAUUUACUUGCACCAUUGUCAGAAACUGAAACUGCUUUGAUGGAGCAUUGAGAUCAAACAUUGGGUAAUAUGUCUGCUUGGUCUUGAAGAGAUUGCUCAGAAGCUUGUACUGUCAACCUUUUUGUUGUUGGAAUACCCUCCUCGUACUAACUUCCGUUUGAUUGUGUGAUUUCCUGCAUUCUUCAUGCUUCAAGUGUAUCAUUCUUUAUCUUUUGCAUUUCAUUUGAGUUGGGGAAGCAGAGGGAACUGAGCACCAGAACAUUGCUCAGCCAGGGGGAUAACGGCCGAGCCAAGACUUUGAUGUGGUUACCCGGCUUGUCAACGUGGGCUAUAGGCAUAAUGCUCUUCUGCAGGAGAUUGGCAUGACUGCUUCAGACAUUUGUGUGCCGUAUACCGAUGGGAAAAGCAAUAUUUCUUGCUCCUGAUUGAUUUCUUUUUUGUUUACUCUGUAACAAUUCGAAGGGAGCCUUACAGUAAUGUGAAGUUGGUUCCGUGCUGGUUCGAGCCCAUUGAUGCUUGCGUCAGGGUAGGCUGCCUAUGUUACACUCCCUUGGACGGCGGCCCUUCUGCGGACCCUGCUUGAACAUGGAUGCUUCGUACUCCGGGCUCUCUCUUUUUUCUGUAACAAUUCAAUCUACAAUUACUGUUGAAGUAAUCUAUGUGUUCGUUUGUUCUAUAAUAUGGUAUAUAUUCAUUCAAUUGCUGUUUGGUGAUAAAUCUGACUGAUUUUUUUGUGCU